AUGAAGACCCACAAAGAAAUAAUGGAAGAUGGCGGAUUUACUAUAGUUACCAAAGCACCUACCUUUUUCAAAGGAAAGAUCGAGCGAAUAAGGUAAGAAAAAAUCUACUUUGUAUUAUAUUUUUAGAGAUUUCGAGCUCCUUCAGUCACUAGAUGCAUCUGAAUGCGCACAAAAGGCUUGCUACGAGAUGGAAAAAGCUCAUGCUUUGAUUAACACCAGGCUUCAACAAGAUUUGUGAGUUUAAUCGUCUAACUUCAUAUUCUUGUUUAGGGACGUGUUAUGUCGAGCAUUACGAGUUGCUGUGGAUGAUCAUUGUGUAUCUACUAUUAGAGCGGUUGGUAUUGGUAACUUUAGUGUAUCCAAUUCAGAUUCGGCGAUUCAGAUGGCUGUUUUUGAGGAGAUUAAACGAGUUUUUGACAUUCCUCAUGGGUUCUACCAGGAAAUACGGGUAUCUGAAGGUGAGAAGAAGUACUUGUUUCAACAUGACAUUACUGUUUUGCCUGCAGAUGAUUUGAAAUCAAUUCCUGAUCAAGUUCUCGAUGUUUCUGGAAAUAUCAAUGGAAAACAUAUUGUAUUCAUGAUUCAUUUUGACAAUUUUGGGUUGAACAAUGUCUUCGAAAGUUUUUUAAAGGAACAGAUUGUCGACAAGCUUAUUUUUGUGGGGAAUGAGCUAUCCGCUGAUGCUUUGAGCAAGAUAAAACCCAGGAUAUUAGAAAUGGAAUGUCUACCUUUAACCUUGAGGACGCCUAAGUCUUUAGAUUCAGAGGCUUUAAAGCGGUGGAAUAGGUCUUUUUCUCAUUCAUGUAUCUACUUCUUUAAAUAAAGAUAAUAAUUUAAGUUGGUUGUUUUUUCUUUGUUGGUACAAUUUGAUAUUGCUGAUAUGAUACCGUGUUAAUAGAUUUGAUAUUGUUAUUAUAUAUUUUAUAUUCAUUUUUAGAUGUCGUUAAAUCGACUUUUGUCAACUCGAAAAUUCCUGAGUGUUACGCCAUUAGCAGUUUCAUCAACGCGUGGAUUUCCAGCCAGAGGUACAAAGCCCUUACCACGGUAUCUUUGGGAUGAAAGAGACUUGGAAGCCAAGACCGGAGGUGAAUAUACACCUGAACCUUUGAGAAUUAAAAGACUGGGUGGAAGGAACCCGGAAACUGGACGAAAAGUUAAUCAACAUAUUGGUGGCGGGACCAAGUUUGAUUACUUUAUGAUCGACGAACACAGAAGAGGACCUACAGAAGCUGGGAAGACGUACGAUGAGAGAGUAGGUUUAACUUUUCAUUAUGAUAGACUUAUUUUUAGGUAUUGGAAGUUAGAAGAGAUGCCAACAGAACAGCGCAUAUUGCUUUAGUCGCCGGAUCUAAAGGUAAACGAUGGAUUUAUGCGACAGAGAACAUGAAGGCUGGUCAGAUAAUAUCAACGUCGUGCCACAUUCCUGAGAAUCCAAUCAUUGGUAUUGAAGGUAAUGCUCAUCCAUUGGGAGCAUUGUCUGACGGUACCGUUGUCAACUCAAUCGAACGUUUCCCGAACAUGGAGAGUCAAUUGUUCAUCACAAAUGCUGGAACAUCAGCUCAAAUAGUCAGACGACAAGGUGACUUUGUUGUUGUUCGGGUGAGUACUAAUGUUAUGUUAAUUACUCUAAGAUACCUAAAAACAGCAAAAAGAUUUCUUAUUCGUUUACUUCAAUAAUAUGUACUGUAUAUUGACAAGCUACAUAUGUUCAGAUGCCAAAUAAGCACGAGUUCUCAUUCCACAAGACCUGUAUGGCUACAGUAGGACGUUUGUCACACGCUGAGUGGCAGAACAAGAUCUUUGGAUCAGUUAAUAUGCACAGAAGGUUCGGUUAUAAGAUGGCGAGUGGCUUGUGGCACAAGAAAGAUGGAUAUUGUGGUAGGAAGGUGCGUCCUCUGCCUCCAGUACGAAUGCUGGACGAGCCUGAGAAAGCACCUCCACCAAAGCAGUCCUUCACCUUAACCAAGCGACAACAAAGUGCUCUCUUCGGCAACGCUGCUGUCCAUCCCAUCAUUUCAGGAACUCAAUUUAGAUUCUAG